AGAAAAGCUCUGCAGACAGCGCAGGUCUAUACUGAGAGAUAGAAGGAAGAAGGAACGGCACAGAAACAAAAACAGAGACAAGAUGCCCUCUGAGAAGACAUUUAAACAAAGAAGAAGCUUAGAGCAAAGAGUGGAAGACGUGAGACUCAUCAGGGAACAACAUCCAACAAAAAUUCCAGUCAUCAUUGAGAGAUACAAGGGAGAGAAGCAAUUACCAGUCCUGGAUAAAACCAAAUUCCUGGUCCCUGAUCACGUCAACAUGAGUGAGCUUAUUAAAAUCAUCAGGCGCCGCCUACAGCUCAACUCCAAUCAGGCUUUCUUUCUGCUAGUAAAUGGCCACAGCAUGGUGAGCGUAUCUACACCUAUAUCUGAGGUGUAUGAACGGGAAAAGGAUGAAGAUGGCUUCCUUUACAUGGUAUACGCCUCACAGGAGACUUUUGGAGUGAAAUACGCAUAAAAGGAAAUCAACUUUUUAUUUGUUUUUCUUUUUAAACGUACGGUGGAAUAUAACACAGGCUGCUGAAGCAGAUCUUUCCCAAAUCCAUAUUAUAUACACGCCGCACAUAACAUUAUUUCAUUUUCAUAAGGCAAACAUUCAGUUCCUUGCUUUUUCUUUGAAGAAUUAAACCUAGUAACACUGGUUCUGUCAUGUGAUACUGAAGCUUCAUGUACACCAAGAAGUUGGUAGUAACUUACCUAUAUGCCUUUAAUAUCCAUUACCAUUGUUCCCAUGUAGCAAUUUAACGGGUACAGUGGUAUUGUCUAGGAAAUAGCCUCUGCUAUGGAUGACUGCAAUUCAGCUAUAAGGAAUAUGUUUUUACACUGAUGUUUCUCACACCUUCAUAUCAUACUGGGAGGAUUUUGUUUUAUGUCGCUUUGUUAUAUGCAGCAGAAACUAAAUGACAGCUUAUAAUGGGAGAGACCAUUAUAUGAAAGGGGUGAAAUGAAAGGCCCCUGGUUUGCCACAAUGGCGCUGCCAACUUAAUGUCCUUAUACAAAGAUCCACAAUUAGAUCCCAGUCCCACUAUUUUAAUAAUAAGAGAUGGAAAAUAAAAACUAAAAAAGUUGUUGUUACAGUGAGAAAUACAUUAAUAUAGAUUUCCAUAGAAUCUAGGCAUAUGCUGCUGCCUGUACCGUUGGUGACAACUUUAGAAGCGAUUUCUUGGGAUGGUCAGCAUUUCUUUUUCAGCCAUCGGAAUGCGACAGUCUGACUGUGGCUUGGGAACGGGGUUCCAGGCAGGAGGGCCAAUGCAACACUCCUUAACUGAGAUGCACAUCAUUGUGCUCCUAAAUGAAAAGCAACAUAUAUUGUUAUAAUGUUUCUAAUCAGAGAGAUUUUUCUGUCCUUUUGUGUGUACCAUUGUGAUUUUGUAGAACUUGAACUGGCAGAGCAAUGUGUACAUUAGCCAUGGAGUUCUUUUAAUAACAAGGCAUUCAUGUGUGUGCAGGAUUAUUUUUGGAGUACAACUGAGGAUGUAUGCCAUGGGGAGGAGCAUAGCUACAAGGUUUGAAACAGGUCACAAAAUAAUUUAACAUAAAAAAUUGAAUAUAUAAACACAGGAGGGCAAUAGUUUUAUUGGAAUAAUUUCAUAACCCCAUAUGCAGGAGAUAAAAUUUAUAGGUGGAUAGAGGGCAUGGAAUUAGAAUCUGUAGGACCGUAAACCAAAGUUUACAUGGAGGCCCAUGGGCUUUUAGAUAUGCUGACAGUCUGGCUGAAGAUAAGAUUAAUAUAUGAUGUACAUUAAGGGGCCGAUUUAUUAAGUUGUGUAAAAUGUUUGACACCAAAAUAAUGGUGUAUUAAUUUGUAUGAAAUAAUAAAAUUGCUAUUUAUCAAGCUGUGCUAUCCUCUUAAUGAUUUUAUGUUCAUUGUAAAAUCUGCAGGCAGGGUCGGACUGGGGGGUGCAGGGCCCACUGGGGCUUCUGCCUCAUGGGCCCCCACUGCUACCUUCACACCCCUCCCCCACAGACCCACCCAACUCCCCUCUCACAUACCUUCAGCGCGUCGAGAGAGGGAGACUGCCGGCUUGGGGGAGCGCCUGGCAGGGAUCGGGUGUGGGCCGCCAAGGCCCACUGGGUUUUUUCCCCAUGCCCCGGCAGCCCAGUCCGAUCCUGUCUGCAGGCAUAAUCCGUUACAGUUUAAAAGUGGUGAUAUAAAGUUCAUUGAUUUGUUCCCAAAAAUUAUUUUAUAUCACCUUUAAAGAAGUAAAGCUCAACAAAGAGUUAUGCUAGAAAUGCUGCACCUUAUGGCUUUUGUACCAUACUGAGGCCCCCACAGAUCUGUGCCUCUGAUUAUGUCCCCAGUUGCUCCCCAUCUUCUAUUCUGCUGAUUCAUGGCCCACACUUUGCUAUUAGUUAUCUAAGCUUAGAGAGUGACUCACAUUAUACUGUAUAUAAAAUACACAAGAGCCAUGAAUAUCUUGUAAAUUAUAUCCUUAUAAAUGGAGCAUGGUAAUGUCGUCGAUUAUAAUCAGUGCGUAGUGAUUUCUGUCACAUAACUCAUUGAAAUUUGUGUUUUAUAAUACGAGGAUAUUAGAAAUCACUUUGGAGUUCCAUGACCUGUAUAAAAGCAUUCAGCCUUCAGCGUCAUACUUGUAUAUAUGGCCAUGGACCUUUUCAGUGGCUUUUAAUAUCGCUGUAUUUUACAACAAGGGGUACAUUAUUCACUAUAUAUAUAUAUAUAUAUAUAUAUAUAUAAUGUAAAAUUCAUGAUACCAGACUAAUUACUGAUAAUUCAGAUUCAAAUUACAUGGCAGCCCAGAAGCCAACGUAUUGUGUUUUAGAACUGACCUUAUUCUCUGCUAAUAUGUUAAUAUUUUUCGAUGACCCCUAAGUUUAGCUACUCAACUGCCCAGAGCACAUGUGCAUGGACUAGCAAGAUCCAAGAUGGCAGGUUUCUGUGUACAAUGAAGGUCUGAAUCAUUAGUUGUAGGACUGUGGAACCUCUGGACUUUAACUUUAGCAUAUAAAGUACAUAAUUUCAGGCCAUAUUCUUUUUUAGGCUUAAGUUCUCCUUUAAAAUGAAAGGGAUGAGAUCAGGCAGAAGAAGAAAUCCUUGAAUAAAAAGCAGUGCAACUUCUUAGUUCGCUUUACAUCAGAAUGUUGACCCCAGCUCACUUUUAUUACACAGCUUGAUAAAUACACAAGGUUGCACAGUAUGUCAUGGUGUUAAAAGUGCCGAUUUUACACUGCUUGAUAGAUUGUCCCCAAAGAGCAAAUGAUUCUUGGGAUGCUAAAAGUGACCCCUUUCAUUGUAUCUUAUUAGGCAAAUGUACUCUUCAAUGGCAAAAUAAUCUUUUUGGAAGACGGUGAGUUUAAUUUAGGAACAGUAAUGUAGAAAUACAUUUUUACAAGCAAUAUAUUACUGCAUUUAACCAGCCAGCACCAGAGCAUUUAAUUUGCUUCUAUGUUCAUUUCUGCAUGUGCCUUUAUGCUUAGUUUUGUUUUGCUUUUUUAAUCCUUGUUAACUAUAUGGCUGACCUGCUUAAACUCUUGUUAAAUAUCUAAAGUCUGUAAUCCAUUAUGGGAUUUAUGUUCUUUUCUGUUAUUCCUGUAUAAAUAAAGCUGUUUUAUAUAUAUAAUAUA